AUGAUUUCGAUUCGUUUUGAUGUUUUGCCAAAUGACGAUUACAAUGAUGAUAAUGAAAUUCGUUCUCCUAAUUCAUUUCAAUCAAAUAAUGAUUCUUUAGAAAUGGAUACUUUAAAACGUCGUAACAUUCCUACUACGAUUAAUCAACAAUUUCCUAAAGCUGGUUACGAACAAGUUCCUCUUGACCCCAUUGACUUUGAUGAAAAUGGGAAAUUACAUAAACCGAUCCGUUUACCCAAAAAUAAGUUUUAUUUUGAUGUGCAUCCACCACUUGGAAAGAUGAUAGUUGGUCUUGCUGGAUUUCUCGCAGGAUAUAAUGGAUCAUUCGAAUUUGGUUCCGGUGAAGCAUAUCCCGCAGAUGUAAAUUACACUUUUAUGCGAAUAUUUUUGGCAUCUUUCGGUGCCUGGCUGGUUCCCUUAGCAUAUUUUACUGCACUUGAGCUAGAUUUUUCCCAACAGGCUGUGAUAUUGACAACAUUAAUGGUUUUACUUGGUAUGUUGUGGAAUUUAUCGUGUUUUUUGAUGUAA